UCCGUGUCCAAAACCAACUGCCGCCGCAUCGUCCCAAUCCUGGGAGGUUAGGGUUCGGUCGCGUGCAAUGGGGCGAUCGUCGGAGGAGGGGUCCCGUAGCCGCCGCAUGAAGUCGGAGGCGGCGGAGGCUAAGAAGGUUUCGUCGGAGGAGGGGUCCCUUCGCCCCCGUACCCGCAGCAUGAAGUCGGAGGCUAAGAAGGCUCCCCCAGAGGAGGGGACCCGUCGCCGUACCCGCAGCAUGAAGUCGGAGGCUGCGGAGGCUAAGAUGGCGUCGUCGUCGGAGGUCUUCAGGAUCCUGAAGCUGGAGUCGGAGGAGGAUCGUAAGAUCCUGAUGAAGGUCAAGUCAGAGGAGGGAAUGAUCCUGAAGCUCAAGAAGGAGUACGUGGCGGCGAUGGAGGGGAGACCAGUCCGCCCUACCGUGGUCCCCAAGGUGACGGCGGCCCAGCCGGCCGGGAAGAAGACGAAGAAGGUGCUGGUCAAGAAGUUGAGGAUGAUGACGAAGGCGCAGAUCGACUUUAUCAGGGCAAUGGCCACACAACCCUGCGCGACCAGUAACCUCACUGAAGACCAGCUGGCUGAGUAUCCAGAGAGUUUCCAAUGCAGCAUGCGCCAAUCUAUCCUUGUCAGGCACACAAGGCUUGCCUACAUGGAGGCCCUCAUCGACCAGCAAGAAAAAUUUGGCUACGCGGUGGACGAAUCAGAGACCGAGGUCACUGACGACGAAGGAGACGCUGUGGUGGAGGUGGAGAACUACUGAAGUCGGGAAUCAAUCAGCUUUUUGUAUGCGCGCGCGAGAUGCAGCCUUCGUGUCCCUUUGUGUUAACCACCUACCCUAAGCUAUUAUGUAUAAAUUCGGUGUAAUCCGCUCGAACCUCCUGUUAUUUGCUACUGGUUUUCCUAAUGUUAUUCACCAUCCUGAUGCUUAUCAUCGCACCUUGCA